GGAAGCGGAAGUGUCAGACUAGGCGGAAGUGGUACUGCCCUGAAUAUCCCGAGCAGCGAACGGAGGACAGCUUGAUACUCCCAUCGUUCAAAGAAAAAAGCAGGCUUCUAAAUACAUUCAAAAUCCUCGAGAUGGAUAAGAACGACCUGGUCCAGAAGGCUAAGCUGGCCGAGCAGGCGGAGCGCUACGAUGACAUGGCUGCGGACAUGAAGGCCGUGACGGAGCAGGGCAUGGAGCUGUCCAACGAGGAGCGCAACCUGCUGUCGGUGGCCUACAAGAACGUGGUGGGGGCUCGGCGCUCCUCCUGGCGAGUCAUCUCCAGCAUCGAGCAGAAGUCCGACGGCAAUGACAAGAAGCUGCAGAUGGCCCGCGAGUACCGUCAGAAGAUCGAGAAGGAGCUGCAGGACAUCUGCAACGACGUGCUGCGCCUGCUUGACAACUUCCUCAUCGCCAACGCGUCCCAUCCAGAGAGCCGGGUUUUCUACCUCAAGAUGAAGGGAGACUACUACAGAUACCUGUCUGAAGUCGCCUCCGGAGAGUCCAAGCAAGCCACAGUGGAGAACUCCCAGCAGGCCUAUCAGGAGGCGUUUGACAUCAGUAAGAAGGACAUGCAGCCCACACACCCAAUCAGGUUGGGCCUGGCUCUCAACUUUUCUGUCUUCUACUACGAGAUCCUCAACUCCCCCGACCAGGCCUGCACUCUCGCCAAGGCUGCUUUCGACGAGGCGAUUGCAGAGCUUGACACCUUGAACGAGGACUCCUACAAAGACAGCACCCUGAUCAUGCAGCUACUAAGGGACAACCUGACUCUGUGGACAUCAGAAAACCAGGGUGACGAGGCAGAUGCAGGCGAAGGAGAGAACUAAAGGCGUUGCACUUCACUGUUAAUCCACCCCCCAUCCUCCCCCCCUCCCCUCCCUCCUCUCCCCCCCCACACACUCCCACCCCUUUCUUCUUCUUCUUCUCUGGUUUCUCUCUCUCUCUUCCUCCUCUCGUACACAUAUACAGCCCAUAACCCUGCUCCGCUCAGCCCCCCUGCCCUUCUGUAUGACCUGCAGCAGAAAUUGUACCUGUCCCAGCAGACUGACAGACUGGGCGGCUCACAGGACCAGUCACCAUAGGGAGCGUUUAAACCAGACAACUUGCCCUCCUCCCCCGGGUUGACUAGUUGAGACCAAUCCCUCCUCCUCCCUCCUUUAUCCCCCUCCACCCUUCACUCUACACCUUUCCCUCCAUUUCAAAAGAUAUUUGUUCUCUCACCUAGCGAGUUUGCAUUAAUAUAAGCCCUCUUUUUUGCUUUCUUAGUGUACUGGCCCUGGCUGGUUUUAUUCAUAAAAGGUUAUUAAACUGUACCUUUAUUUUCAACCAA